AUGGCUUUUCCUCUUCCUGUGGUUGACUUCAACGAUGAAAACCUCAAGCCUGGUAGCGAAGCAUGGCAUUCAGCUUGUGACGUAGUGAGAACUGCACUAGAGGAUCAUGGAUGUUACAUUGCACGCUACCACAAAAUUGAUGAAGAGCUUCGAAACUCUGUUGUCUCUGCAAUGGAGAGAGUAUUUGUACUUCCUUUGGAAACGAGAAAACAAGAGACUAGUGACAAGCCUUUCCAUAGCUACAUUGGGCAAUUCGCCAAUUUUCCCCGCUAUGAAUCGGUGGGCAUAGAAGAUCCAUUGACUAUUUCUGCGUGUAAAAAUUUCGAACACAUAAUGUGGCCACAAGGAAAUGACCGUUUCAGUGAAAUUCUCAAUGAGUAUGCGAAGCUGUUGGCAGAUUUUGACGGUGUGACGAAGCGAAUGGUGAUUGAGAGCUAUGGUGUGGACAUGAAACACUGCGAUUCUAUCAUAAAAUCAACCAAUUAUCUUCUUCGCUGCUUCAAGUACAGAGUAACCCAAAGCGAUGAGAGUAAUUUGGUACUUAAUCCUCACACUGACUUGAGCUUCACUUCCGUAAUGCAUCAGCUGAAUAACAUUAAUGGCUUGGAAAUCAAAUUGAAGAAUGGAGAGUGGUACAACGUUGAUGCCUCACCCUCCUUCAUCGUCGUCAUGGCCGGCGAUGCUUUUCAGUGUUGGAGUAAUGGCAGGAUACGUUCAUGCGAACACCGAGUUACGAUGAAUGCGAAGAAAAUAAGGUUGUGCAUGGGAUUCUCAUCUUUUUGUAGUGAGAUGAUGCAGAUACCAAAGGAGCUAGUUGAUGAGAAACAUCCCUUGGGUUAUAAACCACUUGACCAUUAUGGGUACCUUCGUUUCUUUGAGAAAGAGAAAAUCAAAGAAACAAAUCCUCGAUUAAAAGCGUAUUGUGGGGUAUAA